GUGCAUGUACAUAUGUGCAUGAAAAACGAGAGAGAUUUUAUCGACACUUGGAUGACCAUCUGUCUUUGUUUAGUCGGUCAGUAGCCUAACGUGACAUUCCUUCAUGUACCAUUUGCCUGGAGCGUGAGAUGGGCGGCUGCACAAAAGACUCCAAACCGCACUGGCACAGGCUCAGUUGAGGUUGAGACUGUAUCGAGUUCAUACACCAAGUUUUUCUCCAUUUUCUCAUUAUCACCACUAUGCUGUCGUGAAUGUAUCGAGUAAAGUUUUACGGUUGUGACUGCAUUCCAUCGUAAAAUUCCGUCAAUUACGAUGAGAAUUCUCCGGAUACCAGUGGAAAUUCAAUUCAAAGGGCUGAAAAGGGAAUAUACUCAUGACGAGUAACCUCAUUACAAGGACGCCAUAUGUAGUCCUAGCCAAACCUAAAACAUCUCAUUCAUUUAUUACUCACCAGUAUUCUUUGCAUAUUUCGAAUUUUUCAAUCCCCCUGAUAAUGAGCCCGAUUGUGUUUUUAUUGUCUGUGCGACACUGACUUGACAACUAGAAGAGGAGUUAAACACAACCAUGGACUUUGUUAUUCUAUCGGUGAACGGUCGAGAUGUUUCCAAUUCUAGUCACGAAGAUGUUGUGCGGUCUUUUGAAACUGCCCAAGAGCCCAUAACGAUCCAGGUAUUGCGAAAACAAUCAGCGAGGCCAAUAUCACACGCCGAAACAACGACAUGCAGAUCAGAGUCAUCAGAGCAGAAAAAAUUGUCUUGUAGUGUUUCAACAGGAGUUCAAACAGAUCUGGGAGGGCUGAUUAAUGAAGACUACGAUGAGAAUUACUACGUGUUUGAGGAUGGAGAAGAAUACGACUUUGAGAAUGAAGAGAACGACGGGGAUGACGUUGAAGAGGUUGAGGAAUUCGAUGAGAUCUUCUCGAAUUCCGUUGACCCGCACCAACUCCGGGAUUACAAAGUCCAUGAGGAUGUUUAUUUUGAGGAAGUGACACUGAGAAAAAGCGCCAGUACUGAGAAACUGGGCUUGACAGUCUGCUACAAUUACUCAUACGAUCGAGACAAUACUGAAGCUGCUGAGGUCUACAUCUCCGAAAUAGCCAAGGACAGUUUGGCAGCAAGAGAUGGCAGACUUCGAGAGGGUGAUCAGAUCCUUCAGGUGAACGGGAAAGACAUCGAGAGUAAAGAGCAGACUGAGAGGGUCUUCGCACAAACGAAGAAUACUGUAGUCAUUCUAGUGAGUCGAUGCCUCUACCAUCAGACGUCGUCUCCAUUAUUUUCUGAUAACAUCCCAGCGUACCAGAACAGCAUGAUAGAGCUUCUUCUUCAACAGCAAAAACGUCAGUACGAGGCUUCAGGACUCGGUGACAAUGAGCACAACGAAGGGGCCUUUAGAUCAUCUCCACCACCAGUGCCAUCUCACAGUCUCACCAUCAACACCACGAACUUGAAUAUGAACACUUCAUCAUCCACGUGCUCCUCUCAAAACUCCCACGGGUCGAAUAAGGACUUUAUCACAGAGAAAAAUUCCAAUUACGGGGAGAACCUAAGGGAGUCGAUGAAGAAAAUUGAUGAAUUGAGUAUCAGUGGAAAACGUAGGAAGCCUCGAGAAGCUGGGAGUGACAGUGAACACAUCUACGAGACUAUUCCAGAGAGCGACACCGAGCCAAUUUACUCCUCUCCCUACGAGAGUAAAUUGAAUCUUCGAAGAAAUGAGGUAUGUCAUGAUCACCGAAGUAAAUCAUCAAAGAGUAGUAGUUCAAUCGAAGAGAAGGACUCGUCGAGUGCCUACAAUACUGGAGAAUCUUGUCACAGUAAUCCUUUAGUUCUGGAACUGCAUAAGGACCCUCGAGAGCUCAGAGGGAGUACGCUGGUUCUCUGUCCCUCGGACAAUACUUACACGAGUACUCUGGUUUCCACAGCAACAUGCCGCAGUAGACCCCCUCCUUCCUGCGAUGUUGCUGAAAAUCAGGUGAUUCGCACGAUUCAGUCUUCCCUCUCUGCUCCACAGUUUAUAAAUCCUCAAAUCACUCCUGAUAAGGAAGAGAAGAAACCAAAUUCCUGUUAUUAUCACAGCACAAAUCGUCACCAGUACCAGACUCCUUAUCAAUAUUACCAUCAACGCCAUUACCAACAGAAUUUCACGAAUAAUCGAAGCUCUUGGGAUAAUCGGGAUAAAGAUUCUAGUGGCUCUGGCAUUAUGUACACUAAUGUUGAUAAUCUCGAGCAGACGAUGAUGCUGCAGCAGCAGAUAUUCACACAAGCACUUAAUAGGAAAAAUGUCAGCAAUAAAGAGACGAGAGUGAGAAACUCAAAGUCGAGGGGUAAAUUUAGGGCACCCAAUUUGACUCAAUAUCACUUCAUCGGUAGUCAACAGGUUCGUCAAGUGAAUACUCUUAACUUACCGGAGGAUAAGUGCGAUCCGAGGAUGGAAUGGAAGGUGAAACGAAGACCCGAUGGAACGAGGUACAUUGUUAGGCGACCAGUAAGAAGUCGAUUGUUGGGCAACAGAACACUGGAGAUUUCUGAAGAGAGAGCCGGACUUACAACUGAGGAUGAUACAGUUUCUGAGAUAAAACUUGGAAGAUAUUGGACCAAAGAUGAACGAAAACGACACUUAGAGCAAGCUCGUCUCCGCAAACAACGUCAGGCAACAAUAAAACAGCAAAUGAAGCAACCGCAGUCUUACGAAUUAACAAAUUCUGAUCAUGUGGAUGAAACAAAAGAGAGUCGAAAAUUCAGUCAAGAUCCGGGACUGAUAAAUACUCAAAAAAUUGAUGAUCACUGUGGAGCCAAUGGAAAGCCAAUUAUAGGUCUUCUCUCAGUAACUACAGUCUAAUUGCCAAAACUAUUUUAAGCAUUUAUUAUCAAUGUUUUUUCAUUUUUAAUCCCGGUAUGUAUUCUAAUAUAUUGAUAAGAAUGUACAUAAUAGUAGAAAAAAAAACAUCACUUGGUGAACAUUUAUUAUCGCAAACGAUGGGAAAGUAUUUACUGAAUGAAUGUUGAAGUAAUUCCCAGA